AUGCUGAAGAACUUAGAGACUCAGAGGCUAGACGACGAGCGACGAUUCGACCGGCAGUAUGUGAUUGAGGAAAAGGAAAAGCCGGUGGGUGAAGGUACCUACGGUGCCGUACACCGCGCCUUCUGCAAUCGCUUGCAAAAGACAGUUGCCAUAAAGCGUGUCAAAAUGGAGCACGAAGAGGAAGGGAUGCCCAGUACAGCAAUUCGAGAAGUGGCCGUGCUGAAGGCGGCUGAUCAUCCAAACGUUGUGAAGUUGCUGGACGUUGCCUGCAGUCCAGGGCGCUUGCAUCUGGUUUUCGAGUUCGUGGAAGCGAACUUGAAGCAGUACAUGAAGAAGUUUGGAUUGCGAUUGGAGCCAGCAGUCGUGAGAUCCCUGCAGAAGCAGCUGAUGAAUGGUAUCGACUACUGCCACGCAAGGAGGAUCAUUCACAGAGAUCUCAAGCCUCAAAACAUCUUGGUCGAUGGUGAGGACAACCUCAAAAUUGCGGACUUUGGAAUGGCACGCGCUUUCAAUCUCCCCCUGCCGAAGUACACGCACGAGGUGGUGACGACGUGGUAUCGUUCCCCUGAGAUACUGUUUGGAUGUGAAGAAUACUCGCUGGGUGUGGAUGUGUGGAGUGCUGGAUGCAUCCUCGGGGAAAUGGCAACUGGUGCUGCACUGUUCCAUGGAGACAGUGAGAUAGAUACAAUCUUCCAAAUCUUCCGAAAGCUCGGCACACCGACAGAGGCUGAUUGGCCUGGACUGUCGGACCUUCCAGACUUCAAGCCGUCAUUCCCACAGUGGCGGCGUCGGCCGUGGACAGAGAUUCGGAACAUUGCAGCGCAACUCGGAGCUGCCGGCGUGCGGCUUCUGGACUCGAUGCUGCGAUACGACCCAGUGAAUCGGGUCUCCGCAAAGCAGACGCUCCAGCACGAGUCUGUGAAGCUCAUCAUUGCAUCCAAUCGGCUCUACAGCCGCCUUAGUGGCUGGCGCUGGCCUAUGUGGACCCCUCAGACGGCUGCAGUGCAGACCAUGACUCUGCCGCAGACAGCCCAGGGAGCCUUGGGUCCUGGAGGUAAUUCUGGCUUGUUGGUGAGUUUUGUGGGCGCCGCCGCGGCUGCAACCUUCGUCCGUGCGGCACGUGUUGCACGCAAGGCAGAGAAAGCAGAGGCACCUUCGACUCCUCCAGAGAAGGAAGCUGCCGUCGAGGAGAGUUCCGAAGAGCCAGCAGAGGAGGCAGCGGUUGGAUUUGACAUCACCAAGCAGGUGGGCGUCACCGCUCCAUUGGGCUUCUGGGAUCCGGCAAACCUGUGCAAAGGCGAGGAGGAGAAGUUCCUCAGGUAUCGAACAGCUGAGUUGAAGCAUGGGAGGGUUGCCAUGAUGGCCGCUGCCGGUGCUGUGUUCCAGCACUUUGUGACUUUUCCGGGGUUUGGUGGUGUGCCGCGUGGCAUCGAAGCCAUCACAUCAGGGUUGGGUGGUUUGGGCUUCCUCGUCCUCAUAGGGCUCGCAGGUUACCUUGAGACAGGCGCGUUCGAAGAGCAAGAUGGCAAGGAGCCCGGCGACUUCGGCGACCCUUUGGGCCUGGUCGAGAAGAAUGUGGGACAGUACGAUACCGAAUGGCGUAACCGAGAAAUCAACAAUGGCCGCUUUGCCAUGUUUGCUGCCAUUGGAAUCAUCGCUGCCGAGAAUGAGACAGGCUUGGAUGCAGUGGAGCAAAUCAUUGGCGUUUGA